UCAAAGUUCUGAAGCCCUAGUCUGCUUCCCAGGCUGGCUCUACUCUACUCGACUGCCACCUUUGUCAGUGUGGAGGCUUUCCGUCGGGCGGCGCUGGGCGUGACAGAGAGCAGCAAGUGGCGCCAGGCCAUCAACUUGGUGUGGCUCAGCGUGCCCGUGUCAGCGGCGGUGUCGGCGGCGCUGGCCGGCCUCUGGCUGCACGCGCUCAGCCAGCCGGCGCCCGAGGUCACCUCAGAGUACCGUCUGGGCGUGUGGGUCACCGCGGCCAUGGUCGUACUGGAGACGGCCGCCCAGCCGCUGGUCAUCCUGGCGCAGGCCAUGCUCUUUGUCAAAUUGAAGGUGGUAGCCGACAUGGUCAGUCUGUGCAGUCGGGUGGCGCUCAAAGCCUGGCUGAUCGCCCUGUACCCGUCCCACGCCAUCUGGGCCUACUGUGUGGGCCACGCGGUCAGCUCCGCUCUCCUCGUGGUCAUCUAUUACGGCACCCUGCUCUGGCACGUCCGCUCACCGGAUAACUGUCUACCGGUGAAGUCGGCGAGCGAGCUGGGACCCAGACUGGUGCCGGGACAGCCGGCGCUGGACCGUGACCAGCUGGCCCUCACCUGGAGCUUCUUCAAACAAGGCCUGCUGAAGCAGUUACUGACGGAGGGCGAGCGCUACCUGAUGACCGCCUUCCACCUGCUCGACUUCUCCGAGCAGGGCCUGUACGACGUGGUGGCCAACCUGGGCAGCCUGGCGGCCCGCUUCCUCUUUCAGCCAGUCGAGGAGAACGCCUACGUCUACUUCUCGCGCACAGUGGAACGGGGAAAGCCGGUGUCUGCCGCGGCGGGCCGGGUUCUGCACGACCUGCUGCGCGCCAUGAGCCUGCUCGGUCUGGUUGCCGUCACGUUCGGCUGGAGCUACUCCCACCUGCUGCUGCGGCUGUACGGAGGCGCCCUGCUGACCGCCGGUCCGGCCGUCAGUCUGCUGCGCGCCCAGUGCGCCUAUGUGCUCCUACUGGCGGUGAAUGGAGUGCUGGAGUGCUACACGUUCGCGGUGAUGCGCCAGGAACAGAUCGAUGGGUAUAACCGGAAGAUGGUGCUGCUAUCUGUGAAGUGUGAUAUUCGUCAUCUCGACAGGGAUCUUUACUAGGCUAUUCGGCGGGGUUGGAUUUAUCCUCGCCAACUGUGUCAAUAUGCUGACCAGGAUAUACGUUUGUUACCGGUUCGUGGCCGGUCUGCCGCUGGAGCCGGCGGUGUCCGUGCCGCCGCUGCUCGGUCUCCGCCCGCCGGCCGCCGUGGCUGCCGCGCUGGUGACCGCCGGCCUGCUGGCAGCCGGCUCCGAGAGCUGGCUGUACCCCAGCUCCGCCGCCGCCCAUGGGAUGAACGAUGUGAUGAACAUUGCAAAGCUUGCAAAGCUCCGCCAUUUGUGAUGAACGAUGGCGAUGCAAGGGACGGCAGGGGAGGUGUGGGGAUGGCACCUCCCUGGAGCUUAUGGUAAUCGCGGAAGCCCAUUACCGUUUACCACCACUGCAUAGCCAAAGUGGUAAGACCGGAGAGACGCGAUCAGGCCGGAUUGCCAGUUGUCGAUUCCUCUAUCGUAGUAGAGGUCGCUUGCAAAGUGAGAUGACUGCUUUUCGUAGAGGGCGGUAAAAUCGUGGCCGGUUAGCGUCUGGUGGGGCUUGUAGGCUAAUGAUGGGCACGACCGGGUGCUGUAUGCUAUAUGUGGUGACAGCGGCGUUCUUGAGCGUAGGGUGUAUCUCUUGCUCUGAAGUCCAGAAGUCCUUAUCGUUCUUGUGCAUUCACUUUGUCAGUGCCUGAUGUCAGUGUCAGUGUUUGUCAGUGUUUCAUUCUGUAGCAGACAUGCAGUCAUAUUUGGUUAAAUAGAACCUUUCAGUCUGA